UUGUCGGAGGCGGUGGCGGCUCCAGCGAUGGCCGAGGACCGGAGGAGGGGGCUCAGCGAUGGGACCCGAGCAGAGCGGGUGCUGUCGCCACUGCCGCUACCGCUGCUGUUAGGGCUGCUGCUGCUGGACGGUUGCUCGGGGAGGAUCCACAAGCUGGUGCUGACGGGGGAAAAACGGGCCGACAUCCAGCUCAACAGCUUUGGCUUUUUUACCAAUGGCUCCCUGGAAGUGGAACUCAGCCUCCUCCGUCUCAAUCUGGGGAGCCCGGAAGAACAGUCACAGUUGGUGGGCUUUAGCCUAUCCCGAGCUCGAACUGGAAGCAUCCGAUCCUAUUCUGCCCCAGAGCCCUAUACCUGUGCCCUCAAACACAAUGGGAGCAACUUAAUGGCCACCUUCCUCAUCGACCUCAAGGGCAAACAGGUGCAGGUAUCUCAGUUUGGGGAACAAAAGAAACUCCAGAUUUCUCCAGGGCUUCUCCAGGAACGGGUGUCCCUGCCCAGUGCAGACAAUGGGACCAGUGCAGCCAACCAGGAGGAUGGGGCAUCUCCCCUCUCUUUGGGGAGCCAGGACCCCAGCCAUAAGGAGUCGGGGCUGGUCCUGAGCUUGGGUUACAACAAUGACUCCUACAACUUCAGCUUCCACGUGGUGAUUGGCUCCCCAGCUGAGGAAGGACUUUACAACCUCAACUUUCACAACUGCUACAAUGCCGUCCCUGGGCACGAGCGGCCCUUUGACAUCACGAUAAUGAUUCGAGAGAAGAACCCAGGGGGCUUCCUGUCUGCCACCGAGAUUCCCCUCUUCAAGCUCUACCUGAUCAUGUCGGCAUGUUUCCUGGGGGCCGGAGUCUUAUGGGUUUCUGUUCUCUGCAAGCACAAAUACAAUGUCUUCAAGAUCCACUGGCUGAUGGCGGCCCUGGCCUUCACCAAGAGCACAUCCCUCCUCUUUCACAGUAUCAACUACUACUUCAUCAACAGCCAGGGCCGUCCCAUCGAGGGCCUUGCCGUCACUGACUACAUCACCCACCUGCUGAAGGGUGCCCUCCUCUUCAUCACCAUUGCUCUCAUUGGCUCUGGCUGGGCCUUUGUCAAGUAUGUCCUGUCUGACAAGGAGAAGAAGCUUUUUGGGGUUGUCAUUCCCUUGCAGGUAACUGCUCUGGUCCUGGCCAAUGUGGCCUACAUCAUCAUUGAGUCCACUGAGGAGGGGACCAGCGAUUAUGCCCUGUGGAAGGAGAUUCUGUCUGUUGACCUCAUCUGCUGCGGGGCUAUCCUCUUCCCGGUCGUAUGGUCCAUCCGCCAUCUCCAGGAGGCAUCAGGCACUGAUGGAAGGGUGAGUGCCCCAUUCUGUGCUCCAGAAUUGUGUCCCCCACCCCACCACCCCCAUUCUCCUUCUUCCCUGACGUCCUUCUCUCCCCUCUCAGUGGCAGUGAACUUGGCAAAGCUCAAGUUGUUCCGGCAUUACUACGUCAUGACGGUGUGCUACAUCUACUUCAGUCGAAUCGUAGCUGUCCUGCUCCGGGUCAGCGUGCCCUUUCAGUGGCAGUGGCUGCAUGAGCUGCUGGUGGAGCUCUCUACCCUGGUGUUCUUCGUCCUCACCGGCUACAAGUUCCGCCCAGCAUCCAACAAUCCCUACCUGCAGCUGCCACAGGAAGAUGACGAGGAAGAUGUACAGAUGGACCAAGUGAUGACAGAGUCUGGGCUCCGGGAAGGCUUGUCCAAGGUCAACAAAACAGCCACCAGCAGAGAGGCGCUCUGAGACCCUGCAUACCCUGUUGUUAGGGGACCUCUGAGGCACAAACCAUCCACGGCCCGCAUUCUGGGGCCUCUCCACUCCUCCCUGUUCUCCUCCCAGGACAAGGCCCCCAGCAGGGAGAAAGAACUCGGUUUGGGAAAUGGGGGAAUCCCCCCUUGGUUUGAAGGGCAAUGCCUCGCUAUCACUGCCCCUGGUGAGUGGGGGGGUCAGCCUUGGAUGGUCCCCCCAGCCCAACACACGCGCGCACACACACACACACACACACACACACACACACACACACACUCUCCUACUG